AUGACAGAGUUCGACCCGACACUCACCACGUCCGUGGUCAAUGCACUCUACAAAUUUGUCACGCUCGCGAAUUCUAUGCUCCGCAGUAAUAAUACUGGAGUCGAGCAAUGGACGGCAACACGAUGGGAGGAUUUUGUGAUGACGCUGCAAUGGCUUUAUGACAAUCACCCCAACGGAACUGCAAGUCAGGCAUUACUCAUCGAUACGAUGGAGCGGCUCAAGUGGACUGGUGUUCCAUGGGAGAAGGUUUUCUCGAAACAGGAAAGUCCAACUUGUGCUUCUGUACUACUGACGCUAAUCAGAACAACAGUAUUUUCCUACCGCGGCAGUCGAAAACACGCCCAACCCAUUCAAUCUGCCCUUGACUUGGCAUGGAGUCAACAUGGCAGAAGGGCUGAAAGCGCUUCCCGCGACCUAUCGCUUUACACACAACCAAUCAGGCUUGUCACAGAUUUUCCAUUACUAUCAUUGGCCUUACUUGGAGAUCAGAUUUGGACGCAGCCAGUUUGGGUUGGGACUUGUUGUUUCAGUAUCAUGGGCGGCCAUCAGGCAUCCUCCCUCAUCACUCCUUGUUCGACGUUGGCCGACAUCUUGCCAGGAAUUUACGCGGCUGACGAAUAUUUGGCUGGUCUCGAAGCUACAAGAGGCACUGAGUUGUGUCUCGUGGUCGAAACUAUGUUCUCGGGCUCGUAUCUCUACCAAGUCAUAGGCGAUCCGAAAUUUUCUGACCGGGUCGAACGCAUUGCUUAUAAUGCCUUGCCGGCGACGCUGACCGGAGACAUGUGGAAUAGUAAUUUGGUCGGGUUUGGCAAGAGUGAAAAUACAAAACUGAUGAGCGUUCACCAGCGCAUUUGUUACAACUCCGGAUAUGGCAUCCCUUGUGCAUGUUUAUCUGGGACCCUUCUCGACGUCGGUCACUCUCGCUCAAGGCAUAUAUUGUUUCUUGUCAAGAUGCUAGCUAACAAUGUCCAGGUAAUGCUGUCACCGCCAAUGUCGCAACGUACGAACUUUCAACUUUUUAUCGAGCCCUAUCUUGACGCGAUUUGUUCGAUAAGAUUAUAUCCAUUCAGCGACACACUUACCACCACCAUCACUGCUAAAUCAGCAUUCACUUACCAGGUUCGCAUUCCCGGCUGGGUUGUCAACGGAACCAUCGCGAUCAACGGUGCGCCAGCAAAGCCACUUGCGCCAGUAAACGGGCUUCAGGCGGUCGCGGCAAACUCCGGGACGACAACGUUCGUUUUGAAUCUACCUGCGGUCAUCACAACGGAGGCGCGACCCCAUGGAGCCAUCGCUGUGCAUCGUGGACCCUUGAACUAUGCAUUCGACAUCCCUCGAAAAACUAAAGUUCUUGCAACGAAUGCCGAUCAGCCUAUGGCUCAAGACUUAGAGUUCGAUGCCACGGCGAGCUGGCAAUACGCUAUCGACCCAGCCACUUUGGCGUUCUCGUCCACUCCGCCCUCGUCUGGGGUGUUGCCUUCGCCGAUCUUCGAUUCGGGGUUGACACCAUCCAAGAUCACUGCGAGGGCGUGCUUGAUCAAUUGGGCAAUCCAGGCGCCGACGUUUGCUGCCAAGCCCCCGACAAAUCCCACCUGCACCGGACCCGCAACCACGAUAACUUUGACACCGUAUGGCGCUACGAAGUUGCGCAUUAGCGAGUUCCCUACGUUCAAAUCGACUUGA